GUUGAACAACACAGAUACACAGACAAAUACUGCCAUCGAUAUGUGAUGCACUUUAACCCCUCCACCUGUCUACUUUGUCCUAGCCAAGAUGUCUGCUGCACAAAAGCUGUUGCAGUGGGUCGGCGUCCCUUUGGUGUGUGUGGUCGUGAUUGUGGUGGUCCGAACCGCCACGUUCCCUUCCUACCAGACACGCCCACCGCCCUGUAACGCUACAGAUGAAGAUUUUAUCCCCGCCACCGAAGAUAGGCUCAACAGGCUCAGCCGGGCAAUAACCUUCCGCACCAUCUCGUACGAACCGGGGCGAGGAACGCCCGAGGAGCUGCUCAAGUUUAUCGCCUUUAUACGCGACAGUUUCCCCGUUGUUCACUCCUCCCCGCUGGUGACGAGAGAGGUAGUUGGGAACUACAGUCUACUGUACCGCGUGGAGGGUUCGGACCGCUCCCUGAAGCCUGGUCUCCUGGCAGCUCACCUGGAUGUAGUACCCGUGACCGAGGAACCUGGCUGGGAAGCUGAGCCGUUUUCUGGGCAGCGUAAAGACGGGUUCAUGUACGGCAGGGGGACCAUAGACUGCAAACAUAACGUCAUGGGACAAAUGGAGGCGCUGGAGUUUCACCUGAAGAGGGGUCAUCGACCGAGACGAACCUUGUACCUUGCGUACGGACACGACGAAGAGGUUUUAGGUCUCUACGGUGCGAAGCAGAUUGCAAAACUGUUGGCGGAUCGCGGAGUAAAAUUGGAGUUUCUUCUAGAUGAGGGUUUUAGCGUAACUAAAGAAUACGUACCAGGAGUGGCAAAGAAAGUGGCCCUACUUAGCGUCACGGAGAAGGGCUACUUGACGGUAAAGCUCAGUGUACGGAUGAAAGGAGGACACGGGUCCAUGCCUGAGAAAGAGUCCGCUAUAGGCGUUCUGUCUCAGGCGGUUACCAACUUACACAGGAACCCACAGCCAAACCUCUGGGGGUCGGGUCCAGAGCGGGAGUUCGCUGAGCACCUUGCUACCGAAAUGAGCCUUCCCCAUCGCGUGAUGAUUUCUAACCUGUGGCUCUUUACCCCCAUCAUUCGAUGGUUUCUGGCUCAAAAGGCCGGUACUAACGCUCUAUGCCGCACCACCACGGCCGUCACACGAUUUAACGCCGGGAUUAAAGAUAACGUUAUCGCUCCCGAAGCAGUCGCCAUCGUGAACCACCGAGUUCAUCCCAGACAGACGAUACAGGAAGUGGUAGAUCACGACGUCAAGGUUAUCAACGACCCCAGGGUCAAAGUGGAAGUUGUGGCGGCUCUGGUCCCUGCACCCAUCUCUCCGAGUGGUCCCGAGUCUCCAGCAUUCAUGACGAUACAGGAAAGCAUCCAACAGGUCUACCCAGACUCGCUUGUGGCUCCCUAUGUUCUGUUGGGCAACACAGAUACUCAACACUACUGGAACCUCACGAGCGCCAUCUACCGGUUCUCUCCUAACGUCAUGGGCCCAGAAGACUUCGCGAGAUUUCACGGCGUGAACGAGAGGAUCUCCAUCGAGGACUACGGGAGGGUGAUGAACUUUUAUUUCCACCUGAUGAGGAACGUUGAUAAACCCUUGGUGGUGAGGAGACACGAGCAUGAUGGGGAUUUGUAACUCUUUUUGAGUUUUUUUUUCAUUUCAAGGCACAACAUAGUAGCUAAGGUCUGUGCUGCAUGGUAAGCUAUAUAAUAAGGGGAGUAACGGACUAGCAAUUGGACAGGUGGUUUCAGAGAAAGUAUUGACUUAAUAAAGCCAUUUAGUGUACAUUUAUCCCAGACCUAGCUAAGUACAGGUCACAAAAAAAGACAGAACGUACAUGCAAAAGUAUCAUAGAGUUAGCCUAGUACAGAAUGUCGACUUUUUCUCGCUUCUUGGCAAUGGUGGAAAUAUGGGAUUGUAUGGGUUUAGCAAUAGUCGGUCGUCGAAACUUCAGUGCUACUCGUAUGUCUAAACACUCCAUAUUUCACACGAAAUAUUAUUUUUGCUCUUGUUAUGAGCAUGAUGAGGUUUGGUAGCUUUUAUGAAUUGUUAAUCUUUGGAGUUAUUUAAAUACAACGUUAUGGCAGGUAGAGUUAAUUUUAUCAGCGUGUUCUGCUUUUGAUCGUGGCAUAAAUUGUCACUGUUUUUUUAGCAAAUCUCACUCAAGAAAUAGAAAAUACAUGUUCGCAGAGAUGAAUUUUUCACAUGUUGAAUACGUGUGGGAUGUACAUCCUUCAUGAGAAUUAUGUGACUUGAAUGUUUGUAUAAGAAAUAAAGAUGUUAUUUGUA